AAUGAGGCCUUGAUAUUGUUUGCUCUACGCCCACGCCCUGCAGCCUGUGGCAUACUGAUGGGACACACUACUUUGUCUGGGUCCUAUAGUUUUGCUGUAUCACACAGUCCAUCUGGCUUUCCCCGGGAACAUCCCGGAAGGAAAUAUUCCUAUAUAUGUGAAGUGCAGGUUUUGAAAAUACCUUCUGUCUGUUCGUUUUCAACCUGUUGCAGUAUCAAUUGACCUUGCUAAGAAAGUCAUGGAGGACUAUAGACUUGAAUCCGACACCUUUGGAGAGCUGAAGGUGCCAAGUGACAAGUUGUAUGGAGCACAGACUGUCAGGUCCACCAUGAACUUUGCCAUUGGUGGUCCAUCAGAAAGAAUGCCGUUGCCUGUAGUGAAGGGAAUGGGGACAUUGAAAAAGGCUGCAGCUUUGGUAAACAAGGAGUAUGGAUUGGACCCUAAAGUUGCUGAUGCGAUCAGUAAGGCAGCGGAUGAAGUUAUUAGUGGUGAGCUGUAUGAAGCACAUUUCCCCCUUGUUAUCUGGCAAACUGGUUCAGGCACUCAGUCAAAUAUGAAUACAAAUGAGGUAAUCAGCAAUAGAGCCAUUCAACUACUUGGUGGUAAACUGGGAUCUAAGACCCCUGUUCACCCUAACGACCACGUGAACAAAAGUCAAAGCUCCAAUGAUACCUUCCCCACUGCAAUGCACAUUGCUGUGGCUGUUGAAAUCAACAAGCAGCUUUUGCCUGCAAUUGAGGGAUUACAUGAUGCUUUGAGAAAGAAGAGCAAAGAAUUUGAAAAGAUUAUCAAGAUUGGACGCACUCACACUCAGGAUGCUGUACCGCUUACCCUUGGUCAAGAGUUUGGAGGCUAUGCUCAGCAACUGGAGUUUGGUAUUGCUCGUAUCAAGGAUACACUUCCUCGUCUGUACAUGCUCGCUAUUGGUGGCACUGCUGUGGGCACAGGACUCAACACUCGAGUUGGGUUUGCUGAGAAGUGUGCUGCCAAGAUCAGUGAACUAACUGGCUUACCAUUUGUAUCUGCUCCCAACAAAUUUGAGGCUCUGGCUGCUCACGAUGCUUUGGUUGAAGUGUCUGGUGCUUUGAAUACUGUUGCUGUGAGCAUAAUGAAAAUUGCCAAUGAUAUCCGUUUUCUAGCAUCUGGACCACGCUGUGGUCUUGGUGAAUUAAGCUUGCCUGAAAAUGAGCCUGGUAGCAGUAUUAUGCCUGGAAAGGUCAAUCCUACUCAGUGUGAGGCUAUUACUAUGGUUGCUGCUCAAGUAAUGGGCAACCAUGUUGCCACUACCAUUGGUGGCAGCAAUGGUCAUUUUGAACUUAAUGUUUUCAAGCCAAUGAUUGUUGCUAAUGUACUUCGUUCAGUCCAACUGUUGGCUGACAGCAGUCGAAUGUUCACUACCAACUGUGUCCAGGGUAUUGUGGCCAAUGAAGACCGCAUUGCUAAGAUUCUGCACGAAUCUCUGAUGUUGGUUACAGCUCUAAACCCUCACAUUGGCUAUGAUAAGGCUGCCAAGAUUGCCAAGACUGCCCACAAAGAGGGAACCACAUUGAAGGAGUCUGCCCUUAAAUUGGGUUACCUGACUGAGCAACAGUUUAAUGAUUGGGUUAAACCUGAGGACAUGUUGGGGCCCAAGUAAACAAGGCUGUGUUCUGUAUAAAUCAUGUUUGCAUUUUUAGCCAAUAUUCCAUUUUAAUUAUGUGGUAUGUUGUUAAAAAAAAUCAAACACUUUGGUCCACUUUUAAAAAACUGCUGGCAGUAAAAACACUCAAAUGUAAUUGUACAUAUAUCUCAUGUAUAGAUUGUAGAUUAUUUGCCACUUUUAAAUGAUCUGUGUUGUAAUUGCUUUUUACCUGAAUGUUAUAAUCAAAAAUGUACAGAGUUUCAAACCAUCUUUUCAUUAACUGUUUAUCUGCAUACCUUGCAUUAUUUAGACCAACAAUUUGUGUUAUUUGUAUUUCAACUGCUCCCAAUAACGAGUAAAUAGUAAUAAUUA